UCUGUAAUUCUUCGAUCUUGUAGACUUUGUUUCUUGCUUUGAUUCAUUACUGCAGAAUGUUGCGAUUUCCCUUGUUGGCCGCUCUUUGCGUGGCUCUGCAAGCCUUGCUGGCGACGGGCUUUGUGGUGGUGCCCACUACUACCAGUACCACUACCGGUACUACGAGCCGUUCCAUGUCGGAUGACUUUUUGGCCGAAACGCCGAGUGGUACCCAAGAACGCAUUCAGGCAUUGGUAGACAAUCAUCCCGUGCUGCUGUUCAUGAAGGGAUCUCGUUUGUUCCCGCAAUGCGGUUUCAGCAACACGGCGGUUCAAAUAUUGGAGAGUUUCAAGAUUGACUUUCACACGGUGGAUGUGUUGAGUGACGAAGCGAUUCGCAGUGGCGUCAAGGACUUUUCGCAAUGGCCGACCAUUCCUCAGCUCUAUGUGACUGGAGAAUUUAUUGGUGGAAGUGAUAUCAUGAUUGAACUCUACCAGAGUGGAGAAAUGGGAGAAAUGAUUGAAAAGGCAAAGGCUGAUAUGAUCUAAACUAACUAAACUAUUAAUAUCUAAACAAAACUAAGUAAACUAAACUCAAAAAAUCUAGAAAAUCCCAGAGUGUACGGUACUUGCAAAAAUAUGGUCAUUAGCUGUGGUUUUGUUACACAGCCUCAGCCGAUUUCCGAUCGGCCUGCCAUGCUGCCACAGUCGGAUCAUGUGGUCGCCCCGGAAGUUGAGAGGAUGCCUCUUGUUCCAAAAAUCGUUGAUAACUUUCUUGCGGCGUCCGCAACAAUGUUUCUUCACUCAAACAGUCCAGUGCUGUAUUGACCAUCAAUUCGGACAGAGGCGGUUGUCCCGCCAUGGAAUGUAUGCCUUGAGCAUGCAAUUGUUUGGGGAUCCGUGCCAAUUCAUCCAAUCGAAUGCGAUAUUGUUUGGAAUUGGGUUCUCCCGCAAAGAGUGGCAUGACCGCCUUGACGAGGAAUCGUCGAAUCUUGAUGGGAUCCCAUUCUUGUUCUUCUUGAUCGGCAUGACGACCAAAUGCCUCCAAGAUUUGCAGUCGAUUCAUAUUAUUGGAUGUUGAUUGUUGGUCUUGAUCAUUGUUGUUGUGGUACAAGAGUGUAUCCGCCAUGGAAAAUCGCCAGGGAUCGGCUGCCCAUGCCCGUCCAAUCAUGAUCCCCUGCAAUCCUGGCAUUUGUUGCAGUAACGAUUGCGCUUGUGGAAUGGUUUCAAUGCCUC